UUUUCUGAGUUCUCUUCAUUCUACUUUUUGGUUUUAGAAUUACCAUGUUUCUGAUCGAUUGGUUUUGGAAUCUGCUGAACGCACUCGGCCUGUCGAACAAGUCGGCCAAGAUUGUCUUCCUCGGUCUGGACAAUGCCGGCAAGACGACGCUGCUGCACAUGCUGAAGGACGACCGUCUCGCACAGGCCAACCCGACCUUGCAUCCCAACAUGGAAGAACUCGCUAUCGGCGGUAUCAAAUUCAAGACAUUCGAUCUCGGUGGUCACGCACAAGCCCGCCGCGUUUGGAGGGACUACUACCCGAACGUCGAUGCCAUCGUGUACUUGGUAGACUCUUGCGAUCGCGAGCGCUUCAUUGAAGCCAAGCGCGAGCUCGAUGCUCUUCUCAGCGCUGAGGACUUGGCAAGCGUUCCGUUCCUGAUUCUUGGCAACAAGAUUGAUAAGCAAGGCGCUGUCAGUGAAGAUGAGUUGCGCAGCCAUCUCGGUCUGCUCAACAUGACUACCGGCAAGGGCAAGAUCCCCGUCAAGGAAAUCCGCCCGAUUGAACUGUUCAUGUGCUCUGUUGUCAUGCGCCAGGGUUAUGUCGAAGGCUUCCGCUGGCUUUCUCAAUACAUCAACUAGAGCUUUUGUUUCAGCAUUUUUCUCACCCCGAUUAUUUUUCUUUUUGGUGGAGAUGGUCCAAUGUUGCACCUCUGACACUUGAAUACAUUUUGUAGCAUUUUGG